AUCCAUUUCUUUACCGUACUCCAUGGAAACAGAGCGGUUUUCACCCUACACCUCGCGCGAAAUGCGGACCAAUUCAGCACAACGAUCGUCCUCCGUAGAUUCUACAAUUUUCACUGGUGCUAGCAACGAUGUACUUUCCUUCAAUACUUCUGCAACCAUUGUCGUAGCAAGUGAUGCCGAGAAAGUUCCUGUCACACCCGAGUGGUGGAUGAGUAAGUAUUUGCCCGGUUAUUCAGCUUCGCGAAUGUUCAAGUUCAGUAACCCAAGCUCGUAUAACUGGGCUAAUAACCUACUUGCCGGUCUAGCGAUCCUUUUCUAUGGUUAUGACCAAGGGGUUAUGUCCCAAGUUAAUCUUAACGAGGAUUACUUGAAAGUGAUGGGCAUAUACCCUACGACGGGCAACUCACGUAACCUCGCGGCACUUGGGGGAAUAGUAUCUGUCUAUUACGGCGGUUCCCUCAUCGGAGCACUCCUUGGCGGUUCCAUCGCCGACAGGUCGGGACGGAUAACUGCCAUAAUAUUGGGUGUCAUUAUCUCGAUCAUCGGAGCAGUAUUUCAAGCCUCCGCUAUGAACAUCACUUGGAUGUGCUGUGCACGAGUUGUGACUGGGCUUGGUGUCGGAGCCAUCGACGCAGUCAUUCCUGUCUGGAGCAGCGAAGUUUCUUCACAUCAAGCGCGAGGAAGCUUUCUCGCCAUUGAAUUCUUCCUGAACAUAAGUGGACUGUCAUUAGCAUAUUGGAUAGAGAUAUUUGCGAGCAUGAACCACAAUCAGGUUAUGGCGUGGCGCACACCUCUAGCGCUGCAGGUUGUUUUUCUGCUCGCGAUUCUCGUGCUCAUACCUUUCUUUCCGGAGUCCCCUCGGUGGCUGGCCAAAGUUGGGCGUGUCUCCGAAGCACGCACAGUUCUGCAAGCCACUCGCAGCGACGGCGUCGAGGCCGAGCUCAGCGCCAUAGUACGGAAUGUGAUGCACGACCGACAGCACACCGAGAACAACCGUUAUCUUCGCAUGAUAUUCCCGAGGACAAAGAGCCAGCGCGAGCUACGGUGGAGAGUUGUACUAAGCGUGUGGCUGCAGAUUAUGCAAGAGCUCGUUGGCAUCGGAGUCAUCACUGUCUACGCCAUCGAUCUCAUUCAGGGCGCUGGCUUUAGCCAAGACGAGGCAAAACUCUUGGCAGGGUUUAACAACUUGUCGUACAUGUUUAGCGUGCUCUUUGCCGUGUUCACUUUGGAUAGGUUCGGCCGGCGAAGCACGAUGGUAUGGGGGGCGGCUGGCAUGGCGCUGCUUCUGCUUAUUGGUGGUAUCCUGGACAAAUACGCGCAGACAGGAGGGCCCAAUCAACGAGCAUACGGCGCAGGUGUCGUAGCGAUGACGUUCCUGUAUACUGGCACGUUUGGCGCCACUUGGUUAGUAACUCCGUGGCUUUACCCAACUGAACUCUUUCCUACGUAUGUUCGCGCCAAAGGAGGUGCAUGGUCUGUUGUUGGAUGGUCUAUAGGUAAUGGCAUCGUGACUAUGAUUACUCCUUUCUUGUUUCAGGCAAUCGAAUAUGGUGUACUCCUGCUCCUCUUCGGCCUCAACAUAUUUGUAAUUCCCUUUAUCAUUUUCAUGUAUCCGGAAACCUCAGGUCGUCCUCUCGAGCAAAUUGAUGAUUUCUUCAGCAAUGCAACAUCUUGGAAUGUUUUUACUGCGUCUAAACAAAUACGGGAGCAAGGUUUCACAAACCAUCAAUGGACAAGGAAAUACCAAGGCGGUUUUGAACACUCGAAUACGUCGUCGAUGACACAGGUGGUCAGUGGAGACGUAGACGCUGAGAGACAUGGAUGGGCACACAAGUUAAGGCGCCAUGCUUCGGAAGCAGGACUCAUGUAAUAAUGUUCUUUUCACAACGUGGAUGAAUUGUUCGUAUACUAACGUACAAAUGCUACAACAUAAUCGUGUGGUCCUAUUCCGUCAGACAGACGCUCAACUCGCUGAGUUCGGCUUCACCAGGCUGCAAGCAGCUCGACAAUGCACAAACCCAAACGUCCUCGAGAUCUCCGCAAGCGGAAACCAUGUUCUCUGUCGAACGAGUGAGCGCUAGUGUCAUCCAGCGGAAUUGAAGGAUGUGGCAUGUGUAAACAUGCGAGACUCGAGUUAGUUUCUAUAAAAUAGAUCCUAGCUGAGUAUGUUCUGAAGAAC